UUCCGUAGUUUUACUAGAUUUUAUGGACAAUUCACUUCCUUUGUUAUAAAAUCCCCUCGCAUUCGCAUUGCUCCAAAGCGUGGUUCAGCCCUCGCGUGUCUCUCUCGCUUUCUGCGAUUCGAUUUAUUUUACUAGAUCCUUCAGCCGCACAUCUCUCUAGGGGUCCGUUGUUUGAAGGAGAAAUGGGACUGACAUUCACGAAGCUUUUCAGUCGGCUCUUUGCCAAAAAGGAGAUGCGAAUUCUCAUGGUGGGUCUUGAUGCUGCUGGUAAGACCACCAUCUUGUAUAAGCUCAAGCUUGGAGAGAUCGUAACUACAAUUCCUACCAUUGGGUUUAAUGUGGAGACUGUUGAAUACAAGAAUAUUAGCUUCACUGUUUGGGAUGUUGGUGGUCAGGAUAAGAUUCGCCCCUUGUGGAGGCAUUACUUCCAGAAUACACAGGGCCUUAUAUUUGUCGUGGACAGCAAUGACAGGGACAGAGUUGUUGAAGCAAGAGAUGAGUUGCACAGAAUGUUGAAUGAGGAUGAACUCAGAGAUGCAGUAUUACUUGUAUUUGCCAACAAACAAGAUCUUCCCAAUGCAAUGAAUGCUGCUGAGAUCACUGAUAAGCUGGGCCUCCACUCUCUCAGGCAGAGACACUGGUAUAUCCAGAGCACCUGUGCAACUUCUGGGGAAGGCCUUUAUGAGGGUUUGGAUUGGCUUUCCAACAAUAUUGCCACCAAGGCUUGAUGCUCUUUCGGAGUCAUGUGGGAGUAAUUCUGGAUGCAGGGGUGAAUAUUAUCUAGGUUUUUAUUUUUCUUGUUCUAUUAAAAAAAAAAAAAGGGAAUCAUUGAGAGAUAAAUUUGGUUGUGUUUAUCUUCUGCUGUGUAGUAGGACUCGAGCUAUAGUAGAAAUGUUUUGAUGGGGAUAUGUAAGACCAGAGCUUUAUACUGGUGUUUGGCUGCAAUGUUUAUAACUGUCAUGGAAACUAA